GCACACGUGGGAUCAUGAAUCGCGACAGAUGGAAAAUGAACUUUCAUCCUCCCUGACUCUCCCCCACCAAAACCCUCUGCAAUUGUGUCACUUUCACUCCCUUCAAAACCCUAGCGACGUCUCUCUCUCUCUCUCCCGCCUACAAUGGCGAAAGAGGAGGAAGGAGAAGAUCCGAGCAGUAACAGCUGCAGCAGAAAGAAGAGAUUGAGAAGGAAACUCUCUUCAUCUCUCCCGCCACGAAAGCGCCUCAUCUCCAAUCCACCUCCUUCCCUCAAAACACUCUCCAAAAAUACCCCUUCCAUCUUUCCAAAUUUCUCAAAUUGCCACUCCUGCAAAACCCGCUCCAGCAUUCUCAAGGAAGGCGCUGACCGUCUCCAGACCCUCCCAAGCAACUGGCGCGUCGUUCUCCUCUGCCCUAAUUGCCUUUAUUGCGUUGAAUCCGCCCAAAUCUGCUCUUACUGUUUGGCAAAGAUUUCCCGCGACGAGGACGGCCUCGAUUGUCAGGAAUGUGAUCACCGCGUCCACCGUGGAUGCAUCCCGAACCACCACCGUGGGUCCCUCCCACGGCCAAUGUCUGUUAAAUUCACAUGCAUUGAUUGCUGGGCCCCCAAGUCGCCUGUUGGCUCGAAGGGGGGCGUGCCGUCAGGGCAUUCCUGCUCCCGGCGCCGGUCGUCAUUGGAGGAUGUCGUGAAGGAUGCUAACUUGAACGCGGCGAAGGCUGCAGAGGCCGCGGCAAGGGCUAAGGAGAUGGCAUUGAAGAAGGCUGCUGCGGCAAGGAGGGCUGCUGAGCUGGCAAGGAGUGCGCUGGAUUUGGCCGUGUUUGCUGCUAGGGAGGAGAGCGGGAGCACUUCGGUUGUUGAUGAUGAGGAGUUGGCAUUGCUGUUGCACCGGGCCAUGAAUAGCUCUCCGAGGAUUUCUAAGGCCUUGGGUCUAUUGAAUUUUAAUGGGUUGGUGGGACCCAGGAACCGGGAAUGUAACAGGUCUGAUUCCGGGAGCCACAGUGUAUGUGGGAAGCUCGAAGUUUGCACUGAUGUCAAGCUUUCGAGGAAUGAUGAUAAAACAGAUGCAGAGCCUUCAGUGGGUGUUGGUACAUUGGAUCGAAAUUCAUCUGUUGCUGAACAUGGUGUUAUGGGGAGUUCUGAGGUUGGGCCGGAAGCAGGUCCUGUUGAAAAAUUUGUUGUUAAGGAUGAUAAGUCAGAGAUUAUGCCAAUGAAAGAAGAACAGGCUAGUUGUUCUAAUAUGGUUGUUAAUUCGAGCGGAGAUGACAACUGCGUGGACUCUGGAUCUGGAUCAUGUCAGAAGCUAAAUGGGUCGAUGAACAAGGUUUCAUCAAAGUGCAGUGGGCCACAGUGUCGAUCUGGAGAUGAUGGUGAUUCUUCUAGGCUGCAAAAGAAAAGGUGCCGCGCGCCUGAUCCGUACUUGAAAAAGUUUAGUAAGAAGCAUUCCAGCAUAAAAGCAUUUUUAGCUAGAGUCAUGUCUUCUGCUUGAUUGACGGGCCUAAGCACCUUUAGAAAGAGAAGUAGCAGGCUUAAGCUCUGGGCUUAACCUUCUGGCAAUGUAAUUAUUCUAAGGCAUCUAUAACCUUCUUUGAUGCUUCUUAAGAAUCUUUGCAAGUUUGUUCCACUAGUUGGUGCAUAUGCAAGUGGCCUCAUCUGGAUGCCAAUGGUGAAGGCAACAGAGUAUAAGUAGAUCUCCUGGCGAGCAGCAUAGCAUAAGUGGAAUAGAAGGUUCUUUCAACUAGCGCAAUUAAACCCUUGUAUAGUUCCUGUAGAAUUGAAUUGCGUGGCAGCGGACUUUUCAAAUAUACUGCAGAAUGAUUUUCCAGUGAAGCUGUAGAGGAUUCUAUUUUCCUUUAGAUAUCCGUUUUAUUGGAUCUCUGUAAGAGCUGCUCCUUAUCGACAAGUCUUUUGUCUUUUGUA